CAUACUGUGCGUAAAAGGAUAACGCACGUAAUCCAAAAGCAAAGGUUCGGAGACGCCCAUUUCGUUUCACUCUUUUUUUUUUGUGCCUAAAACCUACAGAACCGAAGGCAAAAGAAAGUGAACUAACCGAAGAAGAAAACCAUGGGAAUGCCGCUAGUUUCCAUUGCUUCAGCUCCCAAAAUCACCUUUGUUCCCAAUUCCAUCUCUCUACCUUCAAUUAAGGUGCGUAAUAUUCCAUCUUCGACAGCUUCCACCGGUGGGUUGUCGAUAGAAUGUUCGUCGAGGCCGCAGAAGAAGGCAACGAAGCAUCAUAUGAAGACCAGGCCACGCAAGACGCAGCCAUGGGACAUAAGGAGGAAACCCACCGUUUACGCUCCUUUGCCUCCGCUGCCUCCUGAUUGGGCCUUAGUUUCAAGCGUCGGAGAAAAUGAUGGCGCCGAUGUUGCUGAGGUUGGUCUCGCUGGCUCUGCUCUACAGGCUCCUGCUUCAACUGGGUAGUUUUUUUUUUCACUGUUCAUCGUUAUGUUGGUUGUACCGUAUUUGCUUCUCCAGUUUUUUUGAAAUAUGAUUUAAUUAAACUGAAAAAUGUACUCUGAUGAACAUCUAUGCAUUUAAAUCUGUCUUAGAUUUCGAGGUGAA